AUGAAGUUUCUCUGUUUCCAUGGUGCCAUUGGCAAUGUUGAUGUAACUUCCCGUGAGAUUGACGACGAUAUUAGUGCUCAUGCUCAGUUAGCUCCCCUUGAGAAGGAGAUGUCCAUGGACAGUUCCGCUGAAUUCCACUAUAUCAUGGGCCCCGUUCCUGUGGUUCCCCCGGCAGGUUUUACGGAGUAUUUUGGUGUUGGUCCGCAUUUCAGGUGGCUCGAAGACAAUGGAGUCGCGGAGGAAUCCAUGAUUUCCCGCGUUCGAAAAUCUCCGCAUGGCCAGAGCCCAGAAGAUGCUAUGAGAACUCUGGGUGAGGGCUGGGAUGGCCGCUGGAAUAACCACCAACAGGUCAUGGAUUACCUCUAUGAUACCUUGGAGAAGAACCCUGACAUUGCAGGUGUCAUGGGUUAUAGUGAGGGUGCUACCAUGGCUGCCAGUCUCAUCAUGGAUGAGGCAAGAAAGGCCCAGGAGACUGGACGUGUCCGUCAAAUCAAAUGCGGAGUCUUCAUCACUGGAUGGCCUCCCCUCUCUCCCGAGGAAGAUGUGGUCCUGGCAGACGAGAGCGACCUUAUUCUGGACGUGCCCACACUUCAUGUUGUUGGUGCAGAUGACCCCUACCGAUACGGCGCGCUAGCCCUGUUCAAUGUGUGUGACCCGGAUAGCGCGGCCCUGUUUGAUACUGGAGGCGGCCACACCAUUCCUCGGUCCGGCAAGGUGAUCACAGAAUUGGGAAAUGCACUCCGGGAUUUGAUAGACAAGGCAUAUGAAGCGUAA